AUGAAUGAAGGACCUGAUAACAACUUGACUCAACUGUAUGACAACUGGACAUUUAACAACUCCUCCGUGGAGUCCGUCAUACCCAGGAACAACAUCACCUAUGUUGGAUUUUACCUGCAUCAGCCGUCCACAGCAGCCAUCUUCAUCGUGUCGUACCUGCUGAUCUUCUUGGUGUGCAUGGUGGGGAAUGGAGUGGUGUGUUUCAUCGUGCUGAGGAGCAAAAACAUGCGGACUGUCACCAAUUUGUUCAUCCUAAACCUUGCUGUGAGUGACCUGCUGGUUGGGAUUUUCUGCAUGCCUACAACACUUCUGGACAACAUAAUUACAGGAUGGCCUUUUGGAAGUCUAGUCUGCAAAAUGAGUGGGAUGGUUCAAGGGAUCUCCGUGUCAGCAUCUGUCUUCACUCUGGUCGCUAUUGCUGUUGACAGAUUCAGAUGCAUUGUCUACCCAUUCAAGCAAAAGCUGACCAUAUCCACAGCCACCUUGAUAAUAGUCAUUAUCUGGGUUCUGGCCAUAUCCAUCAUGUGUCCGUCUGGCGUGAUGCUACAAGUGACCAAGGAGCAAACCAUCCGGGUGUUGCUGGGAUACGACAACAAAACGAGCCCUUUUUAUUGGUGCAGAGAGAACUGGCCGAACCAAGAGAUGCGAAAGGUUUACACCACAGUCCUGUUUGCGAAUAUCUACCUUGCUCCUCUGUCCCUCAUCGUGAUCAUGUACGCCCGGAUUGGCAUUACGCUUUUCAAAACAGCGGUCCCGACGGGGGGAAAGCCGGGUCACGACAACCGCCACACCGUGUCGAAGAAAAAGCAAAGGGUGAUUAAAAUGCUUCUUAUAGUUGCUUUGCUUUUCAUCCUUUCCUGGCUGCCUCUGUGGACCCUCAUGAUGCUGAGCGACUAUGCCAGCCUGACUGAGCAACAGUACAGAAUCAUCAACAUUUACAUUUAUCCCUUUGCCCACUGGCUAGCCUUCUUCAACAGCAGCGUCAACCCCAUCAUCUACGGUUUCUUCAAUGAGAAUUUCCGCAGAGGAUUUCAGGCUGUGUUUAAGUUCAGUCUGUGCACGGCCGACGGACAGCGGAGGAAAACCUACUCUCACAGGCUGCAGGGAAAUUCUGUGCUCCCAGCUAAUAAUGCACAAACCUCCCUGGAGCCUAUUUCUCUCAACAGCCUGGAAAAAAACACUUCCAGGCGACUCAACAACGUCACUGAGCAGGACUUGGUCAUGGAGGACCUGGAAAAAGGAUCUUGCAGCAGUGGGGGUGUGACUGCCGUGUCAAUUUGA